GCCCGAGCUGCCUCCCACUCUGCUCUGCUGACCUGGAGACCCCACCGUCCAGCAUGAAGACUCUCCUCCUCGUGUCCCUGCUCGGGUGCCUCGCCACCGUGUUCGCGGCCCCCGCUGAGAAGGUGAAAUGGUGCGUAAAGUCGGACCAAGAAUUUCGGAAAUGUACGGACCUCGCAGCCAAAGCGCCCGCGAUUGCCUGCGUGAAGAAAGACAACACCAUCGACUGCAUCAUUGCAAUUAAGGCCGGUGAAGCAGAUGCCAUCACUUUGGACGGAGGGGACAUCUACACUGCUGGACUGAACAACUACGACCUGCAUCCCAUCCUCGCUGAGGACUACGGCACCGACUCUACGGACACCUGUUACUACGCUGUCGCUGUGGUGAAGAAGGGCACCGGGUUUGGAAUUAGAGACCUCCGCGGGAAGAAAUCCUGCCAUACUGGGUUGGGAAAAUCUGCAGGCUGGAACAUUCCCAUAGGAACUCUGCUGUCCAUGAAUUUGAUUCAGUGGUCAGGCAUUGAAGACAGCCCUGUGGAGGAGGCGGUGAGCAACUACUUCUCAGCCAGCUGUGCCCCAGGGGCAGCAAGGGGCAGCAAACUGUGUGAGCGGUGCAAGGGAGACUGCUCCAGGUCCCACAGGGAGCCUUACUAUGACUACGCCGGAGCCUUCCAGUGUCUGGUGGAGGAUGCUGGAGACGUGGCUUUUGUGAAGCAUCUCACUGUACCUGUGUCCGAAAGGGCCAAUUAUGAGCUGCUGUGCAAGGAUAACACCAGAGCGCCCUUGGACAAAUAUGCAACCUGCCACCUGGCCAGAGUACCAGCUCAUGCAGUUGUCACCCGCAAGGACCCACAGAUGGCUGAUUUAAUCUUGAGGACCCUGACUUCAGUGCAGGACUUCAACCUCUUCUCCUCUGAAGCCUAUGGACCUGCCAAAAACCUGAUGUUCAAGGACUCAGCACAGAGGCUGGUGCCGCUGCCCGCAAACUCAGAUUCCUUCCUGUAUUUGGGCGCUGAAUACAUGGCCAUUAUUCGUUCCCUCAAGAGAGAGCAGACCCCAGCCGCUACAUCCACUGCCAUCAAAUGGUGCGCUGUGGGCCACGCUGAGACAACCAAGUGUGACACGUGGAGCAUCAACAGUAUUAGCGGUGACAGCGCCACCAUUGAAUGCCAGAAUGCCCCAACAGUUGAGGAGUGCUUCAAAAAGAUUAUGCAUAAAGAGGCUGACGCAAUGGCAGUGGAUGGAGGACAGGUGUACACAGCUGGGAAGUGUGGUCUGGUUCCAGCUAUGGUGGAGCAGUAUGACGAAGCAAUGUGCACCAACCCUGGAGAGGCCUCCUCUUACUAUGCUGUUGCUGUGGUAAAGAAGAAUUCGGGGGUGACCUGGGACACGCUGAGGGGCAAGAGGUCUUGCCACACAGGCCUUGGCAGAACAGCCGGCUGGAACGUCCCCAUGGGUCACAUCCAUAGUAUAACUAAUGACUGUGACUUCACUAAGUUCUUCAGUAGCGGCUGUGCCCCCGGAGCAGACCCCACCUCUUCAUUCUGCGCUCAGUGUGUCGGCAGUGGCAAAGCUGUGGUAGAUGAUUCCAAGUGCUCCGCCAGUGCUAAUGAGAAAUACUACGGCUACGCUGGAGCCUUCAGAUGUCUUGUUGAGGGUGCCGGCGAUGUUGCCUUCAUCAAACACACAAUCGUCAGUGAAAACAGCGAUGGUUCUGGUCCAGCGUGGGCAAGUGGUUUGAAUUCUAAUGACUUCGAGCUGAUCUGCCCUAACAAAAACCCGGUGCCAAUCACUGAAUACGCCUCUUGCAACCUGGCUCUUGUCCCCGCACACGCCGUGGUGACUCGCCCGGAGAGCCGCAGUGAGGUGAUCCGCAUUCUCCAGGACCAGCAGGCCAAGUUUGGAAACCAUGGCAGCGAUCCCACAUUCUCACUGUUCCAGUCAGAGCAAGGCAAGAACCUCCUCUUCAAGGACUCCACCAAGUGUCUCCAGGAGAUCCCAUCUGGAACAUCCUUUAGCACGUUUCUGGGCCCAGACUACAUGAAUGCCAUGAGUUCACUCAGACAGUGCAGUGGGUCCACUCCAGAUCUGGAGAAAUCUUGCACUUUCCAUUCCUGUCAGCAAAAAAACUAGUGCCAACCACGGACCCUGUGGUGCCUCAUUCAGCCUUCAGUGAUUCGAGCAACUUACCCACACUUCCCACACUGAACCCAAAAAUUGCAUUUUGUAUUUUCCUUCUGCUCUUGUUGUAGACCUGAUUUUAGAAGUGCAACCAACAGAUCAACAUAUCACUACCUAUAAAGCAACUAUUCUGUGACCAAUCAUGUCCUAUUGCAGUUAUUACCUGUAUUACUGGACCACCGAUGUUUUGUUAACA